AGGCAGCAUUUGCGAUUUUCAGUGGAUUUGUCCUCUAAGACAGGACACGAGGCGAUCUUGACUCACAUCGAAGGAGAACUGAAACAUUUGGAGCAUGUCAGAGAAUAUCUCACCAAACGAGCUAAAGUCGAACUUGAUUAUGCUUCAGCUUUGACCAGAAUAAACACGGUUGCUUCUAAGGUUAUCAACGACAACGAGAAAGAAAGCCCCAUAAGAAAGGUAAAGUUUUCGGUCCUUUAAACUUUAUGUUUCUAUAUGUUUAGUUCGGAGAUAAUCGACCGGUGUGGUGGGCUUGAUCAUUGAUUCUUCAAUUUGAUUUCGUAUCUAUCGGAAAUCGUUAAGAAAUCUUGCUAAGUAUAAAAUCAUGGCAGUUUCGUUUUAACGAAAUUUUUCUUAUUUGGUUAUUGUUUUAUUAUUGUGUAUUUUUAUGUAUUGUGUGAUAUUAUGCGGCAGCAGUUCGCAGUAAGCUUGUUUUCAUUUUAAUUGCGUUCAUCACAUUCUUUGGCUCUCCGAUGCCGAAUGUUAUGUCUUGUUUUCUGUUAAAACCCGGCAGUGUUCCAUUUUAUCUUAAGGUUAUUUGUUUCGUCUUUUACUCUCUGUCAUCAGCCCCAACUACAUGUAUUUCAAAACUUUGUUUUAUUAUAAUAACAUAUUAGUUUAUUUAUAUAGUAGUUAUAAAAUUAUUUGGUAUUUGACUUCCCUGACAAUGUAGGACUUGCAAUGCAAAUUUAUCAUUUUUGAAGGUUAAGCCAACCAAUAUUGCAACAGUAGAUAACUUUCUCGAAAUUCGUGGGCUAGUUGAUAUUUGUUGAAGAAAAUGAAAUGUUCACCCAGAAAAUGCAAUUUUUGUAUUGAACAACACUUACAGGAUAUACAUGUAUUUUUAUGUGAUUGAACUAAGCUUUCCUUUGUCCAAUUCUUUUUUCAGGUUAUCUAUUUAAAAAAAUAAAAUGAAUAUGAAAAAAUAAUAAUUAUUCAUCUUGUAUUCUAAUACACUAACAUUCAGAAAUUGUGGAGCACAUGUAUCAAAAUUUCCUUCAACCUUUUUCGCAGUAUGAUGGUAUUGCUGUAUAUCUGCCUGUUGCAGGCUGGAGAAAAUGCAUAAAACAGAGUUUUUUAUUUUAAUUUAUGAUCUCAUGUUGAGGUUGUAGACUUGCCAAUUCUGAUAGUCCCUGCUCUGACAUGCAAUUUUGUGGCAGCUGUUUACUAAUAUCAUUCAAUAUAUGGGUUAUAUAUAGAACUGUAGCUUGUUGAUGUAAGGCUGGGAAUUUUAUUCCUAACUAAACUAAUAUUAAUAUUUAUUUCAGUAAGUACAUUAUUUGAGAACACAGCACAAGGUAUUUAUUAUGCUAAUUUAUAAAUACGUCGAGGUCUGGGGCAAGGGGCAUAAUUUAUUGGUCUUGUAAAAAGUAUAUUUUAUAUGUUUUAUUUUACUUGCUCAGAGCCUGUUUUCAGUGUGAAUAUGUAAUAAUGUAUUAAUGAACAGAAAUAUUACACAUGUAAGUUUAUUUCAGUGGGCUGUUAUCUCAUUUUUUUACCAGGCUUGGGGCACAUAUAUUGCAGAAAGUGAAACAAAGGCCAAGUUGAUUACAGAAUUUACCAACAUUUUGAAUUCUACUACAUUAAAAAGACUGGACCAGCUUAUUGAGGACAAGAGAAACUUAUUGAAAGUGUACAGGAUUGAAAAGUUUAGAGUUGAUAGUGGCUGCAAACAGGAAUCUGAUGAAAUUGACAGACUAAGAAAAACUUACCAAGACAAUGCGAAGGAAUCUGAGACUGGGAAAAGAAAAUAUGAGGAAGUUCGUGCAAAGGAUAAAUUAAAUGGCAAAGACUGGGAGCGUUCUAAAGAUAAAUAUGUGAAAACGACUAUGAAACUUCAUCAUAAUCAUAAUGAUUAUGUGCUAGCCCUGAAAUCAGGAAAUUGCCACCAAGGAUUCUAUAACGAUGUUUUUGUUCCUACAAUGUUAAAUUCUUUACAAUAUUUGCAAGAAGAGUAUGUGGAGGAAUGGUAAGUUUUAACUGGCAUAAAUUAUGUAACAAGCCACAAAAGCCACUCAUACUAGUCAGUCCUGAAGACUAAUAAUUAUUACAGUUAUUGCUUGCAGCUUUGCAGUUUUGUUGCACUGAUUGGAUUUCUGCUUCCAAUACAAUUACAAAACCAUAACAUAAAAUUCCAGAAAAGGUUCUGGUGUUCACAGUUUUCUGAGUCUUAACAGUAAAAGCUUUUAUUGGGUCCAUAUUUUUUAUGCUGAGACUAAGAGCCAUAAAGUUAGGGGAUACAGUGAACUAAGUUCCUCGUCAGACACCUCGCAAGCUGUAAAAGUAUAUUUUACAAACACCUCACUUAGACAGGGCUAAAAAACAUGAAUUCUAGCUUGUCUUUUGAACAAGCAGCUCUCCCCUUUUUUCUUGCUCACAGCCAUUGCUUGCUUAUAUUUAGUUAAUGGUUUAGCAACUUGAUUGAUGACUUAUGUAGACCGUUGCCCAUUCGCCAUUGUAAGCUUCACUCUUUAAGCCCUAAAAAAUAAAAGCACUUUAUUUGAGUGUCAAUGUAUUUAGCAUGAAAGUGCUAAUUGAGGACACUAUUGUUUUAUGUCUCCUACUGGAGACGGGACUGCCAUUCUAAGUGGUCAUCCAAGCCACGCGAAGGUCUACUACCGGUUUGCAGGGCAAAGGGAGUACCUUCAUUUCUCAGUUAUUUUAAGACCUUGAGUAUUGACCCGGCCCAGGGAAUCGAAUCCGUGACCUCCUGCUCUGCAGUCAAGUGCUGUUCCGCCUGAGCUAAUCCUGCUGCAUUUGAAGGGUUAAAUCCUAAGAGUUCCUAAUAUCCAGAUUCAAAUUCUCCAAAAUAAUUUCCUUACAUUCACUUCAAGACUUAGGCAAGAGAAUUUGAUAAAAGAUCACAGAAUUCUCUCUUACAUGUAGGUGGUCAUCUUAAUAAUUCUCAUAACCUCUUCUGCUUGAUUAUGCAUUGCUAUUGUUAGGAGAAAAUUGAUGAUGGUCACUAAUAACCCUUUAAGCCCCAAGAUCCACAUUCAAAUUCUCCAGACUGAUCUCCAUACAUUUCCCAUAGAACAAGUUGAGAGAAUUUGUUAAAAGAUCAAAGCAUUUUCUCUUAAGUGAUCAUUUGAUUAAUUUUUAUAACCGUUUCUGCUUGAUACAGUAAGAAGAAAAUUGCUUUUGGGACUUACGGGUUAUAAAAUAAAGUUACUCACGCAACCAGAAAAUCUUCUUAUCCUGAGAAUUUAACCAGAUGGGAGUUAUUUCCAGCUGUUCUAGAGUUGGUGCCUGCAGGUUUUCAGUCAUUUUCUUUGACUUCUGUCUAUAAAGGUGGACACCUUUCUGAUUGGACAGGCUAUCAGUGUUGGUGCCUGCAAUAGUAAGCUGAUUUAGCAACAGAACAGAAAUGUCACUUGACAAUGGUAAAGUGCGCAGAAAGGACUAAACUUGACUUCUGGUGCCCAAUUUGCCGCUCUACUUUUGGUCAAGCCAGCUGUUUGCUUUGCGUGCGCUUUCGUCAAUUGACGUUCCCAUAAUUUCUGUUGCUAAAUCAGCCUAGUGUCAAUCUUAGAGAGAACUGAUUAUAUUUUGUUGUUGGAUUUAGGAAAGGUCUUCUACAGGAUGUUUUGGUUCUUCUGCAGUUUUUCAGUCAUUUUUCUUUGACUUCUCUCUAUAAUUAUUUUAGGCACCUUUCUGAUGAGACAGGCUAUUAGUGUUGGUGCCUGCAACAGCAUUUUUCUUAGAGAGAUCUGACUGUUUUUUGUUGUUUCAUUAAUUUAGGAAAGAUCUGCUGCAGAAUGUUUUUCAUCUUACAAACUGUUGCCGAGAAGAGUAUAUGUCAUCAAGCCAAGCAGUACAGGCCAGUGUCACGGAAGUAAAAAGAGACCAAGAGUAUGCAAACUUUAUCAAUAAGAACAGGUAUUUUGUGGAUGGUAUUAAUACAUACACCUUGGUUAAAAAAUAUGGAUGGAAGGUUAAUGAUCCCCCGAGACUGCAAAACGGUCUGGUUUUUUCUCAAAGUCGGUCCAGUAUAGUGUCAAGCUGUCAAAAAUCUAGUCACAACUCCACCCUCUUUGUAAAUUUGAUACACCCAGUGGCUUCAAAUCUUGUGUUGAAUGCUGUAUCCAGUCUUGAGCAUUGUUUCUGUGUGCAAUGUAUAUAGUGUUUGCUGGAAGUUCCAAAAUGAGCAGAAGUGGCAGUAUGCCAACAAAGUCUGUUCCUGCUCCUCAAAGAGGGAGAAAGCCAAGCCAAGUGCUGCAGAUAAUUGUAGAAUGUGCGGCUGUUGUUUCAAAGGACAGUUUGACAAUUUAAAGAGUGGCUGGAUUAUAAGCUCUGAAAGUAUGCUUGUUGCCCCUACUAUAAAAAGGUGAAACAUUACCAAAGUGGGCUGACCUUCUGAUAAACAAACUUUUCGUUGUCCUCAACGAAGGAGAACCUUUCUUCACAAGAGUUUUCUUGCCUGGUUAAUUAGAAACUGUGCUGCGACGCUUUUGCCAAUAAGAGAAAAACGGGACUCGCCAACAGACAAUGACUUCAUCACAUACAGUAGGGAACAUCGUGAAUGACUUGUUGGAAACUUAACUUGACAGCUUGUUAACAGCUUGCAUCAAAAUUUAGCCAGUAGGAAUUGCCCAUGGCUGGAAGAAGUGGGUAGAUCAAACAAAUAUAAUGUAUGUAAAAUGGACAGUCUGUAUUUUUAGUGUCUCUCUCCAGUCUGGCUCUCUGUUUUCAGCCUAACUCUAGACAUUUUGUUUGACUGUUCACACGUACUUGAACAUGUAAAAAUACCGACUGUUUUGCAGUCUAUGAUCCCCCAGAAACAUGAGUUUUUAUCCUAGAUGUUUGCUAGUAGUUAUGCGCUACAGUCAGUGUCACAUACAUUUUUAAUAAUUAAGACAGCAGUUAAGGGGCAGAUUAUCUUCACAGAACAAGUUUGUCCCGAUUUGUUGAAAUAAACAUUCAUAUUCAUUCAUAUUUCAAUACCCAUGACUGCUGUGGUUUGACACUUUCAAAAAAUAUUCACUUGAGGUCUAAGUAAAUUUAAGUAUCUCUGCCCCUUAUGUAACCUGUGCCACAGAAGAAACUAAACUUCUGUUCAAGUCAGUCUGCAAAACAGUGCUGAAACCCUUUUUUUGGGAGGCACCUCAGGCUCGUCCGAUCCGAACUACAGUGCUCGACUUUCAGAAAAAAAUCUUGGGGCCAACUGGCCCCCAAGUUUUCAUUUUUGGUCGCCAGAACAAGUAUUCUAGUCGCCAAAAAUUGUAUUUAAGAACUAAUGGGAUAAAAUAAACUUAACAUCUUUAACUUAGCCUUAACAGAAAAUGAAUGGUUUAGACUUCCUUUGAACUUUCUUUCGAAUGGUUUUCACUGACGCUCGAUUACCAGCUGGUGUUCUGUAAAAUGAAUCCGCACUCAAGCGUAAAUCUCCUCAAACAGGCAUUCAAGCUUAAGGUUCAGGAAAUGGAAUACACAUUAAAAAAACAAAAUUUAGGAAUCACAAAAAACUUAUUUGGGUUAUGAAAGAACAAAAUCUGCAAAAUUUGUUUUGGGUCCCAUGUAUUUGCAUGUUCAGAACUGAACAUCGGUGAAACUUCAUCUAUUGCGCGGUUGCCUAACACGUGAUCGAAAGUCUCCAGAAAGACCGUUAGCUACCGUUAGUUGUGUAAAGGAUAGCAAAUUAUCAUUAGUGUACGUUUACCCAAAGAAGAAAGUCACCUAUCUUGGGGGCCAGGUUGGCGACCAGGCGUGAAAAUUUUGUCGCCACUGAGUAAAAGCUGGUCGCAUUGGCGACCCCACGGGUCGCAACGUCGAGCCCUGAACUAACUCUCACUUGACUUUAAAUCAUUGUUGCACUGCUGCUACUUUUUGGUCCAUAACUGUAGAAAUUGACCACAAGAUUGUUGUGUCAUCUUUUUUCUCCUUUGUUUUCUUGCAGACAGAAUCAAAAACCAGCUCUAGCAUUCAUCUUUGAUCCAUCUCUUCUUCAACUGACAUCAACAGGGGUAACAGCUGAUGAAUUAGUGUUGAACGAUUUGACUAUGGAGAAACUUGAAUACAGGUGUGUUUUGAUCCUUGAAUUUGCUUUUUCAUUGUGUCCCUUAAUAUUCUGACUACCGGUAGUUAUCAAUAGUUUCACUCAUGCACUUGUUAACCAUAUGCUAAUAUUAAUUUUCUAAAAGUUCAAUCCAGUUGAACCUCCAUGUAUAUGUGCGAUCACCUCUCCUAUUAAAAGUGCCAUAACCCCUAUGAAAAUAAUAAUAUUCUCCUAGUCAAAUUACUAUUGUAGGAAGCUUUCGUAAAUGGCCAACUCUCGUAAGCAACCAGGACCACUUUUUGAACAGAGAAUUUUUCCAUUGUUUUUACCCUCUAGUAAGCGCCCACUCAAUGCAUGGUCUGAUCUCUUUGUUCACUAUAUAUGUACUAUGCUACUUCUAAGGAACUUUUCGUGAGAACACAGAGCUUAAUAUGAUCAUAGCAACUUAUUAGAAAUUGCAUGCAGUAAAUUCACCUUCAAAAAGUAUAUGUGUUGGGACCCUUGCUUGGAAAAGACCCUCUGUGGUUGGAUUCUUGUAAGUGACCACUGAAUCUUCACAUUUUGGUUGGUUGCUUAUGAAACUUUGACUGUUUUACUAGUUAAACGUCCCUCUCCCAGUCCCCAAUACCUGACAGCCAAUCUGUUGGUGUGACAAGAAAAUAAGCAGUGGGUUUCUAAUUUGUACUGCCUUUCUCCUAGGAGAAAUUAUCUUACCAAGGAAAUUGAAACCAUCGAAAAGCAGCUUGAAGCUAAAGUGAGUUUUACUGUCAAACUCAGAAAACUGUGAACGGCUGAAAAAUUUCAGGAAUGUUGAUUGUGUAGUGACCAAUCACAGUGAAGUUAAGGACAUGCGAGCCGACCACAAAACCACAAACUGACUACUGUUGCUGUUUCCGGUUUAGGUUUCUCACGCCUUAUUGGCUUUUUAAUUUCUCUUCGCAACACAAUAACAUCCCAUGAAUACUUCUGGUAUUCACAGUUUUGUGAGUUUCACAGUAAUACAGAAUGUGGAUGUUUCUUUCCUUUUCCUAAUAUUUUAGGCCCAAAUAGUAUCAAUGCAUACAUAUUUUCUCCACACUGUAAAUAAGUGAUGAUAAAAUCACACCAAGGGUGGUUUCAUCUGCAACGUAUGCAUAUAGCUGUCGCAUUACUGGAAUUUCUCACUGUUUUGAGGCUUAAAAACAAGAGAAAAUUCUAGCGGGUAAAUGCAAAUAAGCUUAGAUCUACCUCAAAAGUCACUUGUUAUAUUUUACUCUAUUUCUAAGUGCAGCUUUACCAAAGUUUUACCAAAAUUUUUGGAACCUUGAUAUAAAAUAAAUUUCUGUUAUUUACCCUUUGCAGUAUUUGCAGACGUAGUGCUAGUGGGGUGGAGCAAAUGCCUGAAACAAAUAAUUGAAAUCAAACAUGAUGGGGUUAAGAAUCCCACCAGUCGGCUAUUUAUAACCGUGGUCGAGGAUUUGAACUUGGCCGGGAUGACUGAGGACAUCACUUCAGCUAGCGGUCAGGAGGCCCUGCCAGAGGGGGGGGGGGUUUCAUGUUGCCCGUCUGAAUUAUAAAACGUCUCGUGUCGGUGUUUAUAAAUGCUUUUCGCUUAUUGUUGGCUUUGCCGUCACUGUCGCAAUUUGGCCAAGGGAGGUUGUCUCUUGUCGGGAUUUCAUUUUAAGCGCUGUCGCUAGUUUUUGGGCCAUGCCGCUUGUCCGAAUUUACCCUGGCAGGGUCUCGGUCAUGGCAGGACUCGAACUCGGGCCUCCGACUUGCAAGUCCAGCGCCCUAACCACUCAGCCACGCUGCCUCCUGUACAAACCCAUAUAUAUAAUGAAGUAGUAAUAUUGACGUAAGAUGGAAAAGAAUCUCAAUAUAAUAAAAAUCAUUAUAGUGGACACAUUUUGCCUGUCCCUUGCUGUUCAUCAGGCUAUAUCGCAGUUCCACUGUAUGACACUGACCAGAGGAUUUUUUUGAACCUUGACUGAUUGUACAUUACAUUUUCUAGCAAAAGGAACAUGAGCAAGAAAACAAUAAACUUCAAGGGGAAAAACAAACAAAUGAAGACCACUUAAGGUACAAGUUAAAAACUUUAAAAAAUACAUCUUGCUGCUAAAUAGCAAGGAAUACAAAAUACACAGAAUAACAACAUUUAAACCUUUGCUUUAGCAAUUACACAAUUGAUAAUGGGUUUUGGGUAAGCUUAACAACUGGGACUUAUAUUUGUUCUACUGGCCCUAGAUCAUCUCAAGUGAGUAAGAAAAUGUUUAGAAAUGCAUAUAGUUGCUAAGAUAACUAAGUAAAAGGGAUCAAUGCUCCUCAUCCUAUAAUAAUGUUCUGUAACAAUAUAUUAUCCUGGAAAAUAUAAAUUGGAGAAGAAAGGGUGUUGUUUCUCAUCUGUUGGGGGACAAAGACUGUCCAUGCAGACUGCUCUUGUUGCCCUCUUUUAUAAUUGGUUUUUUGAAGAAGUCCUGACUUCAGCACCUUAGCCAAUGAUGCUUGCUAAAAGUCAGCUGGUUAAUAUAAUAACAUGGAUUUUUUACUGUAUUGUUCUGUUCCUAAAUAUGCAUAUGUUUCCUUUGUUACUUAGUUUGGACGACUAGCUUCUGUGCUAGUAAUUAACACUUCCAAGGUUACACAAUGCUUCAGUCUUCAAUACCAUUGAAGUUUGUUUUGUAACAUUUUGCUUUAUUUUUGUGGUUUGAUAGCAUCAUUCAAAAGGAGCAGAAUGUAGCUGUUCUAAGCUGGCAUGUGGAAGAUCUAAAGUGCAAAAAAACUAAGUUAGAGGUAUGCGUGUCAUAUUUUGUUAGUAUAAAGAGGAUGUUACAUGGACGCGUGGAGAAACGAAAUUUCUCUUCAAGUGUUGAAAAAUAUUUCGCAGCAAACGAGUGAAAUAUUUUUUUAACACGAAAAGAGAAAUUUCGUAUCUCCAAGCGGCCAUGUAAUGUUCUAUUUAUUAUAUAAUCACCAAUGAAGUACCAAACCAUUUCACUUUAACAGUUUUUUGGUGUGAAAGGUGUGAUUUAUUAUGUAGCCAUAGCAACAGUGAUAUUUUCACAUGUGAAGAUAACAUGUUAUUUUCACCAGUGAAAAUAUCAAGUUUUCGCGCGAAAGCUCACCUGGUAUUUCAUUGGUGUUUAUAUAAUAAAUACCAUUAUUAAAUUUAUUGUUAUUUACAUUAGUAUUUGAGAGUAUUGUGGUAACUAUUUAAGCCCCAAUAUCAACGAGUAUAAUCUUGUCACUGAUCUCCAUAGAUUGUACACAUGAGGAGAAUUUUCAAGACAUCUUAUCAUUGUUAGUCAUCUCCUUUUCUUUUCUAUCAAAGCAAGUGUUUAGCUAGGUGGAGAUGUUACAGGUCAAAAUUAAAUUCAGGUUAAAGUUUUUUAACCAAGGUUGAUUCACAAUUUCCUUUGUCUCCUAGCCUGUUGUCUCUUUUUCGAACUAAAGAACACCUGUGUACGUUUACCCAAAGAAGAAAGUCACCUAUCUUGGGGGCCAGGUUGGCGACCAGGCGUGAAAAUUUUGUCGCCACUGAGUAAAAGCUGGUCGCAUUGGCGACCCCACGGGUCGCAACGUCGAGCCCUGAACUAACUCUCACUUGACUUUAAAUCAUUGUUGCACUGCUGCUACUUUUUGGUCCAUAACUGUAGAAAUUGACCACAAGAUUGUUGUGUCAUCUUUUUUCUCCUUUGUUUUCUUGCAGACAGAAUCAAAAACCAGCUCUAGCAUUCAUCUUUGAUCCAUCUCUUCUUCAACUGACAUCAACAGGGGUAACAGCUGAUGAAUUAGUGUUGAACGAUUUGACUAUGGAGAAACUUGAAUACAGGUGUGUUUUGAUCCUUGAAUUUGCUUUUUCAUUGUGUCCCUUAAUAUUCUGACUACCGGUAGUUAUCAAUAGUUUCACUCAUGCACUUGUUAACCAUAUGCUAAUAUUAAUUUUCUAAAAGUUCAAUCCAGUUGAACCUCCAUGUAUAUGUGCGAUCACCUCUCCUAUUAAAAGUGCCAUAACCCCUAUGAAAAUAAUAAUAUUCUCCUAGUCAAAUUACUAUUGUAGGAAGCUUUCGUAAAUGGCCAACUCUCGUAAGCAACCAGGACCACUUUUUGAACAGAGAAUUUUUCCAUUGUUUUUACCCUCUAGUAAGCGCCCACUCAAUGCAUGGUCUGAUCUCUUUGUUCACUAUAUAUGUACUAUGCUACUUCUAAGGAACUUUUCGUGAGAACACAGAGCUUAAUAUGAUCAUAGCAACUUAUUAGAAAUUGCAUGCAGUAAAUUCACCUUCAAAAAGUAUAUGUGUUGGGACCCUUGCUUGGAAAAGACCCUCUGUGGUUGGAUUCUUGUAAGUGACCACUGAAUCUUCACAUUUUGGUUGGUUGCUUAUGAAACUUUGACUGUUUUACUAGUUAAACGUCCCUCUCCCAGUCCCCAAUACCUGACAGCCAAUCUGUUGGUGUGACAAGAAAAUAAGCAGUGGGUUUCUAAUUUGUACUGCCUUUCUCCUAGGAGAAAUUAUCUUACCAAGGAAAUUGAAACCAUCGAAAAGCAGCUUGAAGCUAAAGUGAGUUUUACUGUCAAACUCAGAAAACUGUGAACGGCUGAAAUUGCUAAGAUAACUAAGUAAAAGGGAUCAAUGCUCCUCAUCCUAUAAUAAUGUUCUGUAACAAUAUAUUAUCCUGGAAAAUAUAAAUUGGAGAAGAAAGGGUAUUGUUUCUCAUCUGUUGGGGGACAAAGACUGUCCAUGCAGACUGCUGUUGUUGCCCUCUUUUAUAAUUGGUUUUUUGAAGAAGUCCUGACUUCAGCACCUUAGCCAAUGAUGCUUGCUAAAAGUCACCUGGUUAAUAUAAUAACAUGGAUUUUUUACUGCAUUGUUCUGUUCCUAAAUAUGCAUAUGUUUCCUUUGUGACUUAGUUUGCACGACUAGCUUCUGUGCUAGUAAUUAACACUUCCAAGGUUAGACAAUGCUUCAGUCUUCAAUACUAUUGAAGUUUGUUGUAUAACAUUUGCUUUAUUUUUGUGGUUUGAUAGCAUCAUUCAAAAGGAGCAGAAUGUAGCUGUUCUAAGCUGGCAUGUGGAAGAUCUAAAGUGCAAAAAAACUAAGUUAGAGGUACGUGUGUCAUAUUUUGUUAGUAUAAAGAGGAUAUUACAUGGACGCGUGGAGAAACAAAAUUUCUCUUCAAGUGUUGAAAAAUAUUUCGCAGCGAAUGAGUGAAAUAUUAAUUUUUAACACGAGAAGAGAAAUUUCAUAUCUCCAAGCGGCCAUGUAAUGUUCUAUUUAUUAUAUAAUCACCAAUGAAGUACCAAACCAUUUCACUUUAACAGUUUUUUGGUGUGAAAGGUGCGAUUUAUUAUGUAGCCAUAGCAACAGUGAUAUUUUCACAUGUGAAGAUAACAUGUUAUUUUCACUAGUGAAGAUAUCAAGUUUUCACGCGAAAGCUCACCUGGUAUUUCAUUGAUGUUUAUGUAAUAAAUACCAUUAUUAAACUUAUUGUUAUUUACAUUAUUAUUUGAGAGUAUUGUGGUAACUAUUUUAGCCCCAAUAUCAACGAGUAUAAUCUUGUCACUGAUCUCCAUAGAUUGUACACAUGAGGAGAAUUUUCAAGACAUCUUAUCAUUGUUAGUCAUCUCCUUUUCUUUUUUAUCAAAGCAAGUGUUUAGUUAGGUGGAGAUGUUACAGGUCAAAAUUAAAUUCAGGUUAAAGUUUUUUAACCAAGGUUGAUUCACAAUUUCCUUUGUCUCCUAGCCUGUUGUCUCUUUUUCGAACUAAAGAACACCGACGCGUUUUCUGCAUACGUUUUUUUCUACAACGAUAAGGGGAAAAUGAGCAAAACAAGUACAGGACAAUGUUUAGCACACACAAAAAAGCAUAUACACAAAAAAUCGGCAAUUUUUGAGCAAUUUCAAUUUUAAGCAUAUUUUUCAAAAUUUUUUAAUGUGCCCUUUUUCCGCCGGACCCUUAUUCAUGAAGUAGGGCUAGGAGACAGAGAAAAUUGGGAAACAACCUAGGUUAAGAAUAUUUUAACCUGAAUGUAAUUUUGCCCUGUGACAGAGACCUGGUUGUUAAGCUGUAACUUGUGUCAUGUUAGCCACUUCACACACACCAAAACCUAACAUCUGUGAUACAGGCCACAUAGUUGUCAAUUUGAACUGUGAAUCUGGAGGUGAGGGUUAUAUUGUGUCUGCGUCAGUUCUUAGGCAUGCUAGCCGCUGCAAAAGGGGACCCUGUGGCAUACUGCUGGGAAUAGUCCUGUGCAUCUUUACCUUAAACCUCUCAUUCUCUAUUUUAGAAAAUGUGCAACAUGAUUGCUGUCGUACUUGACAGACUGGGCAAUAAUCAACCUCCAAAGUUUGCAGAUUUUUCAGUUCCAAACUCACCUCCUGCUGGGGUAGGUAAUACAGCUGCCCAAGUCAGUAAUGUAGACAACCACUGCACGUCAAACAUUAAUUUAAUUCCUGCAAAACUUUACAGUAGCCAGUUAACUAAUCUAAUGAGUUUGUUCGCCAAGUUCAACUUUAAAAUGGAAAACUGAAAACUCGCUUAAAACUUACUAAUGACCUUUUAUCUCAUUAAGUAUUGUUUCUCUUUUGUAGCUAUUUUAUACUUCUCUUGAUAUGUUUUGCAUGCUGCUAGUGCUUGUGUAUGUAAAUCUGCUUUCUUUCUUUCUUUCUUUCUUUCUUUCUUUCUUUAUUUAUCAAGUCUAUUUAGUUAUGUAUUUUAUUUACUACCAUGAGUGCUUUGUGUUUCUUGCUAUUUUUGCUUAUAAUGUUAAUUCUUGUGCAUUAGAUAUCUCACUUUAUUUUGUUUGUGAGAAGAAAACCAAUAAAUCUUGGCACAGGAAAAAAGCCUACAGGAGACAUUUUCUGAUUGGUCAAAAACCUCAUUGUUUACUAUUGUGUGCACGUAUAAAAGAAAGCUAUGACUACUCCUUAAAUGAACUAACAGUUCGGGAAAAUGAGCCCGCACUCAUCCCCCGAAAGAGCGGCUGGACGCGUGCGAUUGCCUUUGUUGGUUUAAGCCAAUCAUGUUACCGCCUGCAGAUUUUCGUCUGGCAAAGAUUGUCGCCUAAAUUAUCAACUUUCCAAUUACGUCACAGACAAGGUCAACGGGUCACGCGUCCAGCCGUCUCUCUUCGGGGAAGAUCAAAGACCGCACCCGGGAGACGGCGGAAAUCGAGCCUAAAAGUUAAUGCGUCUGAUAUUUUUGAGAUCGUACCGGGAACCCUUAGAGUGCUCAUGCUUCUUCAUGCAAGCAUCUUAUGGCUGGGCAAGUCAGGUAAAUCUGAUACCAGGUAUCUAGCUUGUAAGAAAGUUACAUGUUUUCACGAUUAACAAAUUUUCACAACAUCCUCUGGGAGACCCAUCCAGAGUUAAGGAAACAGAAAGAUGGUGUAACAGCUUUUCGCUCAUGUGUACUCGAUAUUGCAGGAAUUUGGGCAAUCUACUCCCGAGUUCAGAAAAAGUGCGCGAAAAAUACCUACAUUGUUUAAAAAGAGAAGACUGGAAAAGGAAAUGUCUGCCAACCCUGCAGAGAAAAAACCUGUUCGCUACAGGGCCCCGUCUCCUAGCGACAAAGUUAAUGGAAGAGAUAAUGACUCAGAUGACAGUGCUACAGGGGAAUAUAUUGAGGUAAAAUUUAAUUUAAUCCCUUAUAUAUAUAUAUUUUUUGUUUCACUCAACUUUAGUUACCAUCUGCAAACCUGUAAAUAACAGUCUGUCGUUUAGUCUUCUACACAGCUGUUUUUAGUGUCGUCACGCAACGCUCUUCCGUUUGUGGGGAGAAGCGUUGCGUGACGACACUUAAAACGGCGGUGGAUCAGACUAUCUAUCUUUGGACAGUGUCUAACUUGAGUAUACCCAAUGUCCGACAAAAUCCCAGCUGAUGUUGGACAUGAUGACCGGGCCUUGCAAGACUAUCAUUUUGAAGCUCAAGAUCUAUAAUGUUUAUGGUAACUUGUUCCAUGGUCAGACCGCGUUAGAUUGCGUGACGAGCCAAAAGAACGUCUGCGUGGGAGGCUAUUUGGCAUUUGCUUCUUCUAGUUUAGUGUACGUAUAGUGGAGGCGCGUGUAGCGAGAUGGAGAUUGGAUGCUUCCCAAGCGGAAAAAAUAAAGCUGCCUCGCCCGCUUUGUUCCUGCGAGAAGGAAUGGUCCCUCCGCCAUGCAACAACUUCUUUAUUACAGAGAAAUAGUCCUUAUCACCAACAAUUUCUUGAUAGUUACACUGAGCUUUCGUAUUCCAUCCAGACCCCUUCAUCAACGACGUUUGCUGAUAUUCUUAGGCUCGUUUUGACAAGUCUUCAAAAUUGUUCCAUAACAACUGUGCUCUCUCCUUUGGGACUGGCAAUAUUGGUCCAUCUUAGAGGGGGGGCCGUCUUAUUUAGCAACAGAACGGGAACAUCAUUUGACGACGGGAAAGCGCGCGGAAAGGACUAAACUCUACUUUCGGUGCCCAAUUUGCCUCUCUGUCAUUAGUCAAGCAAGUUGUUGGAUUUGCGCGCGCCGUCUUCAACUGACGUUCCCGUUCUGUUGCUAAAUCGGCCUAAGAGUCAGGGACGGCAAGGACCAACUCCAGGUGUCGGUUUUAGCGAGGUGACUGUUAAGAGAGUUUUUUUUGUAUGUUUUAUUUGUUUAGCCUGAAGAUAACCUGCCUCUUCAGGAGGAGCUGUGGUUUCAUGGUACAAUUGAUCGCAAAGAUAUACCUGAACGCCUUAAAAAUAACGGAUGACUGUUAAGAGAGUUUUUUUUGUAUGUUUUAUUUGUUUAGCCUGAAGAUAACCUGCCUCUUCAGGAGGAGCUGUGGUUUCAUGGUACAAUUGAUCGCAAAGAUAUACCUGAACGCCUUAAAAAUAACGGAGACUACCUGGUGAGAGAAAGCUCUACAAAACCUGGUCAAUUUGUUCUGUCCACGAGGUUUGAAGGCGCACUAAAACACUUUAUCAUCCAGACCUCUGAUGAUGUGAGUACUGCUUUUUAGCGUUUUGGUUUGUCGUUCCCUCCUUUGGCAUCAGUUUUUUGUUUUUUCGUUUUUUUUCGAAUUGUUCUCGUUCUCUUCUUGUGAUAACCGCCGCUAACUGCCCCCCUGGUUAGCUCAGUUCGGAGAGCGCCGGUCAGCUGAGCGGGAGGUCGCGGGUUCAAACCCUGGUCGGACCAACACUCAGGGUCUUUAAAUAACUGCGAAGAAAGUGCUGCCUUUGUAAUGACAUCUGCAAACGGUUAGGCUUUCUUUGGUCCCGUCUCACAGCACAUUCACUUAUCUGGCUCUUUUGUGACAUAAAAAGCACCCACACCACUGGUCGAAAAGAAUAGGGGACGUAGACCCCGGUGAUGUGGCCAACCUUUCCUGGACUGGGUGGGUUAUCCUUAAGGAGAGAUCUUAGCCUGCGAAAACAUCCGUUUCUCCUUGCACUUCGCCGCUGGGGACGUUUCGCGCGAAACGUCCCCAGCGUCGAAGAGCGAGGAGAAACGGAUGUUUUCGCAGGCUAGAGAGAUCUUAAUAUAGGGAUAACCUCAUGACCCUCCUUCAGCUGUUGUACUGGCUGCCUGUAACUGAACAAUGUACGUAUGUCGUUUCUUAGGGCUUGGUGCGUUUUGAAGACAGGGGGUUCCCCAGUGUCAGAGAACUACUGGAUUAUCACGUGCAAAACAAAAUCUACGUGACCAAGAAAUCCCAGGCCAUAUUGGUCAACCCUGUUUUGAAGGAAAAAGACAAGUGGGAAAUGCGCCGGGAAGACAUCAUUCUCAAGGAUAAACUUGGCCAGGGCCAUUUUGGAGACGUCAUGAAAGGAAUUCUAAAGCCUUCCAAUUUACCAGUGGCUGUGAAAUCAUGCAAGGAGAGUGUGUCUGAAACAGUAAAGAAGAAGUUUUUAGCAGAAGCAGAGAUUCUGAAGCAGUAUGAUCAUCCAAACAUUGUGAAGCUUAUCGGGGUGUGCGCAGACAGGGAGCCUGUUUUUAUAGGUAAUUAAUGGGUACCCGGCCCGUAACAGUAAUAGCUUGCGUUGCAGCCGGACUUGUCACUCAAUACCUUCAAUCAUGGACAAAAGUCUUGGAACACUUGCAUUCCUGGGCGUUUUCCAAUUCACACAGGCCCAAACCCUCCCCUUACCCCACAAAAAAUGUUGGACGCGUGUAUCCAGAAUUUUUCACGAGUUUUAACUUUGUACAUAGUGAGGGCAGGGAAAACUGCCGGAAAAUUUCUAAAAGGAUGCGCUGUUUCAUGAGGGAACCCAGAAUGACAGAAAAAUAUGAAUAUUGCAUUACUGUCCCAAGGACGUUUGUCCAUGAUUAUAGAUAGAGAACUCGAUAUAGUCCAAUAUAUCGGGGAUUUAGACGGUAAGCGACGCAGGCUAUAACAGUAAUAGACAAGCAGUUGAAAUAUUCUAUAAGCCUCUUUUUGCCUCCGUUCUAAUAGGAACUGGCCAAAUACAUAUUUUAUACCGUGUCUUAGGUACUCAGCUGCUAGCAGUCCGCCUUUUCUCCGUCAAGUUACUUAUCGCAGCAAGCCUGGUCGCAAAACGAGAGGUUUUAACAGAAAGGAACUGGGAGGAGACGGCUUGUCCCAAUCCUUCUUGUCCCAAUUUUUAUUUAUUCUUUGUUAUUUUUCAUGUUUUCUUGUGGGGGAUUUUUUAAAAGAGAAACUGACAACAAGCAGUCUAAUUUGCUGCCAUUUCACAUAUUCCGUGUUCUUGGGUCCCUUAUUCGGCACUGAGGGAUAUUUAAUAAUGAGUAUUUCAUUUUCGGUUGGUAUUACAUUUGGGGUUGUUAGUACAUUUAGAGGUGGUACAGAGCUGCACUAGAGGCAAUUCCUAAGUCGAUUUAUAACUGACAAACUCUUUCAUGCUAUGUUUACCUUCUAGUGAUGGAGUUUAUGCCCAGUGGAGACUUCCUUUCUUAUCUACGUAAGAAAGGCGCCCAUCUAAAAACCAGAAACCUAAUCAGGUUUAGUGUUGACGCAGCCUCUGGCAUGGAGUACUUGGAGAGCAAGAACUGUAUCCAUCGAGAUCUGGCAGCGAGGAACUGUUUGAUUGGUAGCGACGAUUCACUCAAGAUAUCAGAUUUUGGGAUGUCUCGCGAAGUGGAGGAAGGUAAAUGCAGAUCCUCCCCAGGGCUUUUCGCUAAGAAAAUGGGAGAAGCCCUGGGUACGAGGUUGGUCCAUAUUGGUACUAACCAGGGAACUUGAGCACGCGACGUUUUUGAGCGAUGCACGUGAACCGGAAGGGGACUUUUUGCAAUCUUGAGCUGCGAUUUUGAACACAUUUUUGGGCAAAUCGUCUCUUAUAAGAGUUAAGACACUUGAUAAUAAAAAUUUGUUAGCAUCAAGGUUUAUUAAAAGAGAAAAAGGCUCACUUCCGGUUGUCGUGCGUCGCUCAAAAACGACGCUGCUUACAUACAUACAUACAUACAUACAUACAUACAUAAACGUUAUUAAAGUGUCAAGGUUUUUAGCUAAAAGCUAAUUGUGGACACUGUAAAUAAGUAAAAUGAAUAUAAUACAAGAUUAAAUCAAGCAUACGUAAAAAUAUUAAAAAUAUAUCACUAAAAUAUCAUCAAUAUAUAAAAAUAACAUUAAUAUAUAAAAUCAUUACAGACAAACAGCAGGACAAGCAGGGAACAAACAAAGACAAACAAAUAGAUAGACAAAAAACAAAACAGACAAUCAGAUAGACAGACAAACAAACAGACAAUACAAGACAAACAUAUAAAAACUCGCUAUUGAUACUCAGGCGUAUUUCCAGAAACUGAAAAGCCACGAUUUCUUUUGUAAAAUUUGAGAAAUAACGUAUUUCACUGAGAGAUGCCUGGAAAUUUUUCUUUUUUUUUAAUUACUGCCAAAAGGGUAGCCUGCUACACAGGCGUGUUUAGUGUCGUCACGCAACGCUCCUCCCCACUAGUGGGGAGGAGCGUUGCGUGACGACACUGAAAACGGCUGUGUAGCAGACUACCAAAAGGGAGAAGCUGAAUAAAUAGAGGGGGGGGUGGGGUGAGGAGGGUACGCUUAUUAAGUUCUGUCUUUAACGAGGUGAAGAGGACUCUAUACGGAGUCGGUAAUAGCGAAAAUGUACAAAAACANAGACAAAAAACAAAACAGACAAUCAGAUAGACAGACAAACAAACAGACAAUACAAGACAAACAUAUAAAAACUCGCUAUUGAUACUCAGGCGUAUUUCCAGAAACUGAAAAGCCACGAUUUCAUUUGUAAAAUACUGAGAAAUAACGUAUUUCACUGAGAGAUGCCUGGAAAUUUUUUUUUUUUUUUUUUAAUUACUGCCAAAAGGGUAGCCUGCUACACGGGCGUUUUUAGUAUCGUCACGCAACGCUCCUCCCCACUAGUGGGGAGGAGCGUUGCGUGACGACACUAAAAACGCCUGUGUAGCAGACUACCAAAAGGGAGACGCUGAAUAAAUAGAGGGAGGGGUUGGGCGAGGAGGGGACGCUUAUUAAGUUCUUUCCUUAACGAAGUGAAGAGGACUCUAUAAGGAGUCGGUAAUAGCGAAAAUGUACAAGAACAGAUAACGCACAUAAAUGAAUUCUGCAAGCACAAUGGGCUAGGCAUAACGGAGACUAACUUAAUGGCGGAGAAAAUCAUGUUCUCGGCCUUAAGUAGCCUGUACAGCCGCCCCCUCAAACAAAAACGACGCUUAUUUUCUAGGCCAGUCGGUAUUUGGGUGCAUCUCAAAUGUUUGUUUCGCUGUCUUGUGAAACUGCGAUUUCACUCAAGUUACGGAACUUAACCUUGAUUAAACAGGCAGCAGUUUUUGACAGUGGUUGUACUGUUUCGAAGUUCCAUUUAUCAGAUACUUAAUUGUUAGGAAGCCAAGACUGAAUGCCGGAGGGCAGCGAAAACUUAGUCUUUUUUCUCUAUUUUCCUUUUUCUUUUUUCUAUUCAGUAUAUGAAGCUUCAAACAUGAAAGAGAUUCCAGUAAAGUGGACUGCACCAGAAGCCCUGAACUACUUCCAGUACACUACACUAAGCGACAUAUGGAGCUUUGGAGUGUUGCUAUGGGAGACCUUCUCCUACGGAAAUACACCAUAUCCUGGUCUUUCAAACAGAGUAAGGACAAGAAACAUUAAUAUUUCUACAUAA